UGUGAGCACAGCGUCAGAAAACUGCAAAUCCCAGAAUUCCCCGGGGUAACAAAAAACACGCCCCGUCCCCACCUCCAUCCAAGCAGCGGCAGCAACGGUAGUACAUACUGCCCCGUCCCAACUCCGGCACUUCCUCCGACACAACGUGAGCGCGGCAAGAGUCUCACUAAUGAUUACCAAAAUGAACAAGAAGCAAUUGACUGAUAAGAUUUUGAAUCACGCUCUGGGGAUCAUCUACUUACUGACAGGAGAGGAAUAUGUGGUUAUAAAGAAGACUACCCCACACAACACCAUGCACCUGCUGACUGGAGAGGUACCAAUAAAAUGUGGCGACAUCUCCAUCUAUUUCUCCAUGGAGGAGUGGGACUAUAUAGAAGAACACAAGGACCUUUACAAAGACGUUGUGGUUAAAAAUCACCAGUCCCUCAGCGCAUUGAGAAUGCAGACAGAACAGUGCUCAGAUUUGCUGGAGGAAGAUGUAGAAUGCGUGUCAAUAAAGGAUGCAGAGGAGGAUGCAAACAGUAAAGAGGAUAUUGACCCUAUAGCACUUUCACCAAACAUUCCCGUUGGUGAGGUUACGGACCACAUACUGACUGUUGAGCAAGUGGAGGAGACUGAUGAGGGGAGUAAGCUGAAGGAUGAGGAGGAGAGAAUCACUGACAUCACAGAUGAUUCUGUUGGGAUGAGAACAUUAGAAGAGUCUCACCAAGUGGCCAGCACAGAAGGACUGUUGCAAAGCACCUAUGUGCCACAAGAGUACCAGGAAGAAGAGUUUGACCCUAAUUUCACUAAUGAGUCUUACGAUGUUGCAAAUCUAAUUUCUAGCUCUCUAUGUGGUCAACCUAAACCAUUCUCUCUGGAUGAGAAGUACAUCCCUGAGAACAAUGGAUCAUGGGAAAAUGUGCAACAUUUGAAAAGAAAAAGCAGAAAACAAGACCUGCAUUCCAAAAAGGAUUAUAUAGAUUUGGAAACGAUACAUGAAGAUGAUCAAAUUGAUGAGUUUGACUCAAAUUUUUCUUACAAACACUGUCUGGAUGUACACCAGGAAUCGUCCACCCCUUAUAUAUGUGGAGAGUGCGGGAGAUGUUUCAUCUCUGAGCCUGCCCUGGCAGAGCAUAUGAAGAAACAUUCAGUUGAGAAACCUCAUAGAUGCAACGAAUGUGGAAGGGAGUUUGAAUAUCGAUCUCGUCUCAUAGUGCACCAGAAAACUCACAGUGGGGACAAGCCCCAUAAAUGCAAUGAAUGUGGGAAGGACUUUAAUUACAGGUCUCGACUUCUUGUGCAUCAGAGAAAACACACAGGGGUGAAGCCUCAUAAGUGUAAUCAGUGUGGAAAACAAUUUGACUACAAAUCUCACCUACUUAGACAUCAGAGAACACACACAUGAAUGAGAGAUAUUUCCUUGCCCACCUGAAGUGUCGCUGGGUCUCCCCUUGUUCACAUGUGGCAAACUGUUCUCAGAAUAUGACCAAUAUAUGGAGCAUAUGCUGCCGCUAAGUAUGCUAGUGCGUACCACAGAAAUGAAUACUUUCUGGGGACGUCUAUGCAUUUUGAAUGGGAUUUGAGGAAUAGAAUAGGGUUUUUGUCUGAGGAUGAAGGUUAGCAACCUCUGGUUAUUCCUGUGAUUAGUCUUGAAGUGGUAAUUAGAAUGACUCUGCUGAUUUGAUUCCAGAGUUCCUCAAAAUCCAACAGAAUACGUUGGCUGUAGGAACGUAAACCAAAAAUGGACUUGGUUUACUAGCAGGAUGGACUUGAGAAUUUGCAGUGAAAGCAGCAAUAAUCCAAUAGCUCAGAACUCGCCUUUUUUGGAAAUAUGCAACAAAGCUACUAUCCCAUAAACUGUAGUUUUACCCCAUUAAGCAGUGGUUGUAUGGCAGAGGAAGGCAAACAUAUAGGACUCAAACUUCCGUCUGUUAUAUGUGGAGCCAUUUGAAUCUUCUUUGAAGGGGGAAGAUUUAUAGGCUUUGCCCCAAAUGUUAAGUGUUGUCACAACGCUCUAUGAUAUUGUCCAACCCUCGCCUCUAGGGAAUAAAUAGCCACCAAUCCCUUGUAAUGGUAACAAUUACGAGUUUUAUUUUUUUGUUAAAAGGUUAUUUAAAACUUCAGUUUUAUAAUCGCAUCAUUGACUGUCUUUUGGGUUUCCUUGAUUAUGGGCAGUUUUAGGUGACCAAAGAAAAUGAUGCAAUGUCACACCUGUUAAAAUGAGACGUACCCAGGUUAAGACUCCAAUAAUCUGAGAGUACCAACUAUGAGGAAAUUUGCGGACCGAAAUAGAGUAAAAAAAAAAUUGUUUCAUUAAGAAAAAAAGGUAUUAAUAAACAGAGCAGUACCUUUUCAUUGUAACUGUGACAUAAAAGCAUAUCCGAUUAAGUGAUUUUUUUUUCUUACGGCGCACAAUUUUGGGCAGCAACGCGGUUUUUGCUACACAGUUAAACAAGAGAAAUAUAGUUGCAGAGAUUUCAUUGACCAUUACUGCUGUAUUUACUUUGACAGUAAUAGGGCAGCAGUCAUUGAGCAAUGUAGAACUGCUCUCAUGGUAAACAGAUUUACUUUGCAGCUCAUUAAUCCAUUAGUGUGCCCUCUAGAAAUUGUAACGGGCAGGGCGCUGAACUGCGGGGGGCAUAUGUGUGUGCGCGCGUCCAAAAAAGGGGGUGUGGCCACACAUCAUUUAAAUGGGCGGUGCGGCCCACAGAUGUUACUAGGAGGGGCCGUGGGCGGCUGGUGGCGUCACUGUUGGAGGCGUGCGUGCUGGGCUUCCCCCAAGCUCUCUCCCUAGCAUGAAUGAAUGCCGAACUGCAUCUUUACACGCUGGGGGGGCAGGAAGUGGACGGCUGUUUUAGCAGGGCGACGCAAAAAUGGCAGGGAAGAUUUUGCCUUAAAAGUAAAUGGACAAAUCCUGUAAUUAUUAAAUGCUAAAUAUUACGUGCAGUCACCCUUAUGCAAGUUGAUUCCUUGGACUUCAGUGUAAUUAUCUCUAUUCACAGAGCUCUCUAGUGCGUAUGUAACCAAAUGGCGAUCAAAAAGUAAGGCAUGAAAGACUCCAAUAUGCAUCUUUUUAAUAGUAACUUACUGUUGAUGAUAUUGAAGGCUGCAAGGAUAUUUUGUCACAAACUUUUAAAACGUACAAAAUGUUUUGUAUAGCUACGGCAACUACCAACUGGUUGUUUUUUUUCUUCUUUUAAAUAUAUUAACUUUAAGACUGUGUAAGGAAUUUUGUCAUUUGUACCAGUACCUUAAACCAGUGUUUCUUCAGAUUAAAGUAAUCCAAUGUGUUCCUAGAGAGAUCACAGAGCUAGAUAUUCAGUGUGCAGUGCUGCUGCUUAUUCUUACACAGUGAGAGAAGUAUUUACAUUCAUUAGUGGCAUGCUUUUUUUUUUUUUUUAUUAAACGGCAAGGAAAUAAAUCUUGUAAAAUGUG